AUGUCAGAAGAAGACUCAAGCCAUGGGAUGGCCCGCAACGCUGGACCUGAUGAGAAAACGUUGCAGGUGUUGAGGGACAUGGCCAACCGCCUGCGAAUCAGCUCCAUCAGGGCCACAAGUGCCUCAACCACUAGCCAUCUCACACUAUGCAGCAGUGCUGCCAAGAUCAUGUCUGUGCUGUUCUUCUACACAAUGAGAUAUAAACAGGCAGACCCAGAAAAUCCAGACAAUGACUGAUUCAUCCUUUCAAAGGGACUACCAUUUGUUAAUAUGGCAACAGGAUGGCCUGGGCAAGGACUAGGGGCUGCCUGUGGGAUGGCAUAUACUGGCAAGUACUUUGACGAAGCUAGCUAUCGGGUGUUCUGUCUUCUGGGUGAUGGGGAGUCCACAGAAGGCUCUGUCUGGGAGGCAUGAGCCUUUGCAUUCUAUUACAAUCUGGACAAUCUUGUGGCAAUAUUUGAUGUGAAGCACAUUGGACACACUGGCUCCAUGUCCGUUGAGCACUGCAUUGCUGUCUACCGGAAGCAUUGUGAAGCCUUUGGGUGGAAUACUUACAUAGUAGAUAGCCGUAAUGUGGAAACCCUAUGCCAUGUGUUCUUACAGGUAGCUCAAGUGAGAGGCAAGCCCACUGCUGUGAUUGCCAAGACCUUCAGGGCCCGAGGCAUGCCAAAUAUUGAGGAUACAGAAAGUUGGUAUGGAAGGCCAAUGCCAAAAGAAAGAGCAGAUGCAAUUAUCAAAUUAAUUGAGAGCCAGAUAUAGACCAACAGGAUUCUUGUACCACCAGCUCCUAUUGAAGACUCACCUCAAAUCAACAUCAUGGAUAUAAAUAUGACCUCACCCCCUGUUUAUGUAGCUGAUGACAUGGUGUCUACUCAAAAAGCAUGUGGUUUGGCUCUGGCUAAAUUAGGCCAUGAAAAUGACAAAGUUAUUGUGCUGGAUGGUGACAAGAACUCCAACUUUUCUGACGUAUUCAAGAAAGAACAGCCAGAGAGAUUCAUCCAGUGUCAUAGUGCUGAACAAAACAUGGGGAGUGUGAAUGUGGCUCUGGGCUGUACCACCCGUGACUGAACCAUUGCUUUUGUUUGCACCUUUGCUGCCUUUUUCACCCAAGCAUUUGAUUAGAUACACAUGGGAGCCAUCAUCAACCUUAUUGGUUCCCAUUGUGGGGUAGCUAUUGGUGAUGACAAUCCCUAUCACAUGGCCCUGGAAGAUCUGGCCAUGUUCCAAGCAAUUCAAUGUGCUGUUUUCUAUCCAAGUGAUGCCAUCUCCACAGAGCAUGCUGUUUAUUUGGCAGCCAAUACUAAGAAAAUGUGUUUCAUUUGUACCAGCCAAGCAGAAACUACAGUUAUUUACACCACUCAAGAAACCUUUCAGAUUGGACAGGCCAAGGUUGUCCAACACAAUGACAAUGACAAGGUCACAGUUAUUGCAGCAGGAGUCACUCUGCAUGAAGCCAUAGUGGCUGCUGAUGAGCUCUCUAAAGAAGAUAUCUCCAUCCGUAUCAUUGACAUUUUUACCAUUAAACCUCUGGACACUGCCACAAUAAUUUCCAGUGCAAAAGCCACAUCUGGCCGAAUUAUCACUGUGGAGGAACACUACCCAGAAGGUGGCAUUGGGGAAGCUGUCUAUGCAGCAGUCUCCAUGGAGCCUAACAUCAUAGUUCAUCAGCUCCCAGUGACAGGGGUGCUUCAGAAUAGGAGAUCCAGUGUAGCACUAGAUUUUUCUGGACUCAGUACCAGACACAUCAAUGUAGCUGUGAAAUGCAUCUUAAUGAAUUAA